AUAAAUAUAAGUGGUCUCUGCUAAUCUUAAUUAAUCAUUAAGACUACAACAUGGCAGUUUAUAGGAGCUUGAUAUUGCUUGCGUUUGCGAGUUGUGUACUUUCAGAAGAAGCUAUCUUCACUGCAAGCAGUAAAAAUGACAUGAAAUGUAUGUGCAAGUCAACCGAAAGUUUUAUGGCAAAUACCUUCAAUGGUUUGCCGGACUACAACAUGAAGCCUACCGACCCUUUGAUCAUUCCUGAAUUAAAAGUCGUAGUGGACGAAGGCUUGGGACUGGUCUUUGAAUUCAAAAACAUAAAUAUAACUGGACUGAAGAACCUACAGGUACAGGAUUUCAAAUUGGACACGGACAAGAAAUUGAUUGGUUUAAAAUCGAAAGCUGUUUUGAAUAUCGUAACAGAUAAUGUCAAAAUCGAACUUACCAAGCAGAACAAAGCUUUUAAUGGUGCUUAUUCAGCUUCAACAACUGCUUUGGGCCGCUCAGAUUAUGGCUACAGUUUUACCAAAAAAGAUGGUAAAGAAUUCUUCCUACUCGCUCCAGAGGUGCAUGUUUGUGAAAUCGUUGAAGAACCGAACGUGGUUCUCGGAGAUGAUUUACAAAAGGCUUUGGACAGUGACCCCGAUGCGCAGGCUUUGAAAGCUGAAUACGAGGCUUACAAAGUGGCUCUACGCAAGAAGACGUUGUGCCGUAUUAUAGAAGACGCCUUCACAGUGAUAAUUAACAACUAUAGAGAAGUGGCACAGCAAUUCCCUAAAGAAGUUUUCGUAAGGGAUAUCUAAUAAACUAAUUAAACACGAA